AUGUCCGCUGGAAGAGCUUGUGAUGGUUAUGCUCCCCCUGCGGUUCAAUUCAUCGUCAACAAUCAAAGGCUCGCCUAUGCAAGGGGGACGAGAAAACCAACUGCUCUAUGCUUCUCCGGGGCAUCUACGAGAUCGCUCUCGGUGAGCAUCGACGGUAAUGAUAUGGAGAAGCAAUUCUUUUGCAGCUACAGACGCGCCACAGAAGCCGGAGUCGCUAUGCACUCGUGUGGCGUCUCCUCUUUCUGGACUACUCUAGCGCCUCAGUUUGGUCAUCACGAUGAGGCCGUCAAGCAUGCACUUAUAUCGCUUGGCGCAUCAUAUCACCUAUAUAAAGUGAGAAAGGGAAAGUCGAAUCACUUACCGGAUUCCUCACCUGCGAUUAAAAAGCUGCAAGGUUUUAUCUGGCGGGAAUAUAACCUGGCAAUUAAGCAACUUCAUGGCCACCUUGACCACCCGGAACCUCAGAGGAUCGCAUUGGUCCUCAUCACCUGCCUGAUAUUUAUCGCCUUGGAGCUCCUCGGUGGUGAUCACCGCAAUGCAAUUGUGCACAUGAGGAAUGGUAUACGUAUUAUCACCUCUGUACUGGACAUACAACGCCUUCGAAAUGCUUCAUCAAGACCUUGGAUGAAAGGCUCAUCAUUAUCAGAAGCUGAUUUAUGGGAAAUCAUUGUUCAGUUCCGCAAUGUCGAGUUCGCCUUGGGUGGCUUUUCGUCCGAUAUCCCGCUGAUGCUUGGACGACAGCUCCGCAGAGAUCACUCCGGUUUUGGUAAUACGUCGAUCACCAAUGUAGCCCAAGGUUACGAGGCCAGGAUCGAAUAUGUUAAUAACAUAAUGGUUCGUUGCUGGGAGGUGCGGGAUCACAGAGGUGAUGAGGCCUUUUGGGCUCAGCAACAUAUGUGUCGAGAACACAGUACCCUGCGUGAACAAGGCAGGGCUAUCAUGUGUGCUCUUGAGUCACUUUGGGCUGGACCCCAGGCACCACCGCCUGGAACAUGGCUUUCGUACAGCAGUCAAAUGGAUUGGCUCCUUGUGAAUAGUGCAAGAACAUUAGUCGAGCUAUUGCCUUUUGGAAUCGAUUCUCAUCUACAAAUGGCUCAAACGCCUCACAUUCAGGACGAACUUUCAAGAGGCGUAUGCUUUGCGGCGAAGAUGUACCUCACACACGAUACGACGGAGAGGUCGCCCUCAAACUUCACUCUAGAAACGGGUGUUGUUGGGCUCAUGUACUGGUCGUGGGUGUAUAGUCACAGGCCGGAGACAAAGGCCGCGGCAUUACGAAUCAUCCAAGAGUCAGACCAGAGGGAAGGUCCGUGGGAUGCCGAUAGCAGUCUAAAUUUCAUAUCGGGCAACAAGGAGCCUCAUCUACUCGUUAGUUUCUGGAGAAAUCCGCACACUAUGGGCCCAAACUAG